AUGGAUGUUAAGUUGUGGAAUGACAAGCGUGACAGGGAAAUGUAUGACGAUGUUGCUGAGCUCUUUGCAAUCAUUACAGCAACGGAGAAGCUCGAGAAAGCAUUUGUUCGUGACAUCAUUUCACCGGCUGAUUAUGAAACUGAAUGCCAGAAACUGAUUUCUCAUUUCAAGAUCCUAUCUUUGAUAUUAAAGGAUACUGUACCUAACAUUAAACAAUUUCAUGAUGCCUACAAAAUGAACUGCUCUGCUGCCCUGAACCGACUCGUGACAUCUGGAGUGCCUGCUACAAUAGAGCACCGUGCUACCGCAACCUCAAUGGAACUGUCGUCUUCACUCAAUAAGCUUUCGACUCUUCUGCCUGCUGAUGUUGAUCAGAAGAUAGAAAUGAGAGAGUGGUUGUCAAGUCUUUUGUUGAUAGUUUUGGUGUUUUUUGUCUCAUUUUUUCUUGGAAUCGUAUUGAAGGAUAUGAGAAAAGGAUAUUAA